GAGACCUUGGUGUGUGUGUUGAGCGUUGUCCUGAACAGGGCGCAGCUCUGACCCACCGAGCGGGGAGCAGUUUCAGCAUCCGCAGCCGCCGCUAUGGCUUGGUAGCGGCGGCAGUGCAAGCGGCGGCAUCAGCCAUUGCAGAGGCAUAGCACCAGCGGCCGCGGCCUCGGCACCUCCAGGCAUCUGCAACCAUGGCGUUUUUCAAAGCUCCGCACAGCAGUUUUGCUGUAAUCGACAAAGACACCAUCUACUUGUCUACAUUUUCUGACAACAAAGUACUAAAACUUGACCAAAAUGAGCUUCUCAAACACAGAGAUGAUGUUGGGGGACUCCCUGUCCCCCUUCAACCAGCCGUGUUUGGUGGCUGAGGAAGGUUUGGGAUUCUUAGAUGACUACCUGGAGGUGGCCAAGAACCUCAGUUCUCAUGGGUUCUCCAGCGACAAGGCUAAAGUGGGCUUCUCCGAUUGGCUGACUGUGGAUAGUUUGAACAAUGCCACAGACAACAGCCAGGAGGAUGCCUUCUCUGGCAUGGAUUGGAUGGUGGAGAAGAUGGAUCUGAAGGAGUUUGACUUUGAUACACUAUUGGGUAUUGAUGACCUGGAAGCCACCGUCUCCCCAGAUGAGCUCAUGGCCACGUUGGAAGACACACAUGAUCUAUUUGACCCUCCCAUUGAAGAAAUUCCCAACAAAGAAACGCCACUGAUAUCAGAACCAAUUACCCAUUCCAUUAAAUCUCCUGGGGCAGACCAGGUAUCCCCAUUGACCCCCUUGUUGUCACUUCCCCUCUCUCCAGAGUCACUGACUUCCACUGCAGACCAUUCUUUCAGCUUAGAAUUAGGCAGUGAAGUAGAUGUUCUUGAAGGAGACAGGAAAACUGAAGCCCAUAUCUUGGUGGUGAUGAUUCCCAAGUGUGAGAGAGAGGAUGAAGCACACUCUGACAAUGACAGUGGAAUAUGUAUGAGCCCAGAAUCUUAUUUGGGGUCACCCCAGCAAAGUCCUGCAACUUCUGUUAGUUCCCUCAGUGAUGGCCAGUCAGCCACAGCUCUGCAUGAAGGCUCUGAGCGGCCCAAGCCUUACGAUCGCCCUGCAGAGAAGGUAGUGUCAGCAAAGGUGAAGGGAGAAAAGAGAGUAGACAAGAAACUGAAGAAGAUGGAGCAAAACAAGACGGCAGCUACACGUUAUCGGCAGAAGAAAAAGGCAGAGCAAGAGGCUAUAUCAGGAGAGUGUAGAGAACUAGAGCAGAAGAAUGAAACCCUGAGGGAGAAAGUAGAUUCAUUGAGUAAAGAAAUUCAGUAUUUAAAAGAUCUGAUUGAAGAGGUCCGCAAAGCCAAGGGUAAAAAAGUUAAAGCCCCAGAAUAGGGUAGUCAGACUAGAUGUUACAUGUAUGUAUAUAUGAGCUUAGUGCAAACAGCUGUGUAUUACUGCUUAAUAAAUUAUUUUCCACUA